UUUCUUCAUACUUGUAUUUAGUUGAUAACUUGCCUCUGAUAGGAAUGUACGUGGUCUCCUAUGAACUUUGCGACGCCGAAUUUUGAUACGGACAUUGUUUUGAUUUGACGUUGUUUACAAUUGUGACUUUUGUGUGGUUCGUGUGUGCAUAUAAAAGGCGCGUGAUUGGAUCUUUUACCCUGUAAACAAGGAACAAUAGAGCCAACGUAAAUGAGAAAAGACUGGGGUUCCCUGCGUGAAAAAUGACGGUGAAGAAAACUACCCGGUGCGGUGGUUACGCAUCCGUGGUGACGAGACAGAAGCUCCCCGCCAACCAGCAGCUCGACAUCGCCACCCUCGGCAAGACCACCGCCAACAACUACAACGUCAUCGUCGGCUUCAACGAGAAAGACCAGCUGCAGCUCCUCACCAAAGAGGACAGCAACGACGACGACAAGAAAAUAAAGGACUACGACGCCAGGAACAAAUACGAGAACAUACCCAUAGACGACAUAACCAACUGCGUCAACGUCGAGAACUACCCAAACUGCGAGAACAUUCUAGUCUUUUAUGUUUCGAAGAAUCUAAACAAGGAGGCGAUCGCGCUUCGCUUCGAGAACGAGCAGGACUUCAAGAGGAUAUACUUCACGUACAAAUACUUCAAAAUGCGGAACAGGCUGACGAUGAACAUCCAUAACUACACCAGCACGGAGAGCCUCUUCUCGAAGAAGAAGCCGAUCGACACCUACAACUACAAGAAGCACAGCUUCGACGACUAUAGCCUGUACGACAAGACCAAGCCCGAGUACGACCUGACGGACAACGACGGGCUCACACACCUGUCCGUCCUACAGAAGGGCCUGUCCCGAUUCGACCAACCUCUGAGUCUCAUCGGAAUAAGCAGUAUGAAGGACGUUUCAGAAAUAGACAGUAUUAUUUUCCCCGAUAUCGACGUAGCCAAGCCCGACAGAAAAAAGCUGUUUCAGAAAAAACCUAAGCCGCCCGUUUUAUAUAAUAACGAAUCGUACAAAGUUUUAAGAGGGGAGUUCGUUAGAGUGAAUGUCGAGCGAACGCCGGAUCCUGCAAAAGACAAUAAGAGCAAAGAUGUGCCUUCCUUUCGAGACACGAAACCUAGAAAAAUAAACACCAACAGUAGCCUGUGGUCCGCGAGUAAUAAAGGUCACAAUGGCUACGAGUCAGAUCGAGAAGAAUGGAAGAGCAGUCGGUCCCAGUUCUCCACCACGGCGUUCGACAGCCUCACGCGGCCCACCAAGACCGCGAUGGCUCUCACACUCAAGAAACCACCUAGGCUCGACCCCAUCCCACAGUAUUACCGCCUCACCAACGACAACAAACCGAAACACAGUCCCCUGCCGUUUCGGCCCAACAACUACACCCAAAGACCUCCCCGACUACCCCGCCCGAACACAGAAAACAAAAGAAACCUAAUGACCGCAGACCACAGAAAGUACGUCUCGCUCCAGAACCUAGACAUACCUAAGAAGGGCGAGCCGAAGAAGCAGAACGACAUAAAGAAGAGCAACUACUCCAACCUCUCGACGAAGAUCACGGGGUUGACGAAUAAACUAAGGGAUCUUAGCACCGGGAGUACGAUAGGCAGGUUUAAGGCACAGUCACAUGGGGAUGUGACGAAUCUCAAACCCGUGCUAAAGAUGAACGACGGACCAAAGCGAUCAGUUGUGCGCACGUGCAGCGCUGAACCACCAAAGAAAGUUACUUUUAGUGCAUUUGCAACCGUACAAGUGGUCUAGGCUAGCGGCCAACGCUCAAAGAAAGUCCAUUCAAAGCUUAUGUUAAUAUUUAAACUAACAAAUCUCGUUUCCAUGUCUAACAAGCAAUCAUUUUCAUUCUCUCACAAAGAAUCAUUGGCGGAGUGCUAUGAAGUAAAUGGUAGGCGUUUGAAAAUUUAUUUUCCAUGUAAAUCCGUUAUGCAAAUAAAAGAUGGUUGGUAUCCUGUUAUUAUUUUCUCGUAUUUUACGCUGUUAUCAUUUCUUGCUUCCGUAAAUUAUUUGCUUACUAAUUAAAUUAUUAUCUAUGGAUCUAACACUUUUUGAACUAGUGCCAUUAAACUUAUUAACUUUUAAAUUUCGAUAAGCAGACGCG